GUCUUUGCAGUGUGAGUUCCGCUUACCAUUGACUGUCCUCAUCUGAGUCCUUUUCGAGCGCAUUGGAUUGACGCGUAUAGAUAAAUUGUACAUUUUGAACGUCAUAAAUAUCGUGUGUCAAAGCACAAUGCCACACAUAAAGCGUUUGUUAGAUGUAUAUAUAGCGCUGCAGGCUUUGUUUGCGUUGUCAUGGGGGUUUUCUGACCCAGAGCCGGGGCCUGUCGCAGCUUCUCAGUCCAACGGAGACCGCUUUAAAAUCGAAGGACGAGCGAUCGUUCCCGGAGUGAAAACACAAGACUGGAUCUCGACUGCCCGAGUCCUGGUGGAAGGGGAGGAAUAUGUUGGUUUUCUCAAGACUGAUGGGAGCUUUGCUGUCAACGAUGUGCCCUCUGGCUCAUAUGUGGUUGAAAUUGUAUCGCCAUCUUUCAGAUUUGAACCUGUUAGGGUGGACAUCACCUCCAAAGGGAAAAUGAGGGCACGCCUGGUGAAUUACAUCAAAACCUCUGAAGUUAUUCGUCAGCCAUAUCCUCUUCAGAUCAGAGCCGGUGGUCCACACACGUAUUUCAUGAAGCGGGAAACCUGGGGAUGGACUGAUUUUCUGAUGAACCCAAUGGUUAUGAUGAUGGUUCUUCCUUUACUAAUCAUCGUCCUGCUCCCCAAGGUGGUAAAUACUAAUGAUCCCGAGAUGAGAAAGGAAAUGGAGCAAUCAAUGAAUAUGUUGAACCCUAACCCAGAAUUACCAGAUGUUUCUGAAUUCAUGACAAAAUUGUUCUCCAAGGGCUCCAGUAAGUCUGGCGGAGGCAACAAAGGCAGUAGAAGUGUUGCCACGAAGAGGAGGUAGUGCUGUGAACAUUUGGGAUCAAUUUUUUCGUUUUCUUUAACACUGUUUUACUGGUUUCCCUCUUCUAUUUCUUUUUUUAUAUAUAAAACAGUUUCUUUUUCAACUGAAAUGCUUGACGAAGUAAGAUUGUGUUUGCACUGUACUGCUUUUCCAUGCUUAACUGUCUUCUUUGGAUGCAUUGUUAAAAAAACAGAUUAUUUUAAUCAUUGUAGUGAUGUGCGGAAAUUUAUAUAUAUAUAAAUACACAUUUAAUAAUAGGUUAAAACUGUACAGAUGGAUCAAUGCAUGGAUUUCUUUCUUUUUUUAAUAAAAGAGCUUAACUAGGAUGUUUUAACUUUAAAAGUAGAAAGAGUGCGAAAGUUAAGUACUGGAUUGGUCAAGAGGACAGUUAGAUGAUUUUUACAGAAACAUUUCAAUAUCUUGUAAUGCAAUUAACAUAAUAGUAGUCUAUGCUUUUACUGCUGCUGGUGGACAAGAUUCAUUACACAUAUGAUUCCUUCUUAGAACUGAGGUCAAUGCAGUUUCACCUUCCUUAUGACCUAUCUAUAAAACAAAAGUGAGCGGUAAAGCUUUAUUAAGUUGUAUAAAAUUCUAGUGCGUUGGCUGUUGUGUUGAGGCAAUACCUGCACUGAUGAAGACUGAUGCACAAGCUAAUAUUUACAUGCAGGUGUUUUGCGCAGUCUGUCACGGGACUUCUGCGAUUAUUUCAAAAAGUCGGUUUGAGCUAAAGGGUCAAAAUAUAUUAAAAAUAUAUAUAAAUGAAUGAUGGUCUAUCUUUGCAGUGAUGCCUUGUUCAUUUUCUGACCAGCAUGAGGAGGUGGCAUUGACACACCGGUUCUGUUUUGUAACUACUUGAAAAAAAAGCUUUUAAGUUAUAUUUACUAUAUCUUGUUGGGUUCAUGCAAGACUGUGAAUGAAGAUGAGAAAUGCAUAAGAUGUAAGCUAUGAAGUAUAAUCUAAUUUAAACUAAAUGGAAAUAAACUGUGGUGGGAAAUAA